AUGUUAUCGUUAAUAUUUUCUGAAUUUUGUGUAAGUUAUUAUUAUGUCUACAAUGGAGAGUUCAUAUUUGUCACGAGAACAUAGAAGAGGUGUUUGGGGAAGAAGAAAUUGAAGGAAUUUUCGAGGAAACAAUAGAUUCGGAAACUGGAGCAAACAAAACCAUAAUCUCAUUCACUUUUUUCUCUCUUGAUUCAGUUUAGGAACUUGGAUUUGCUUGUUUCGAAAUCAACCAGUUUAGGAAUUUUGAUAAUAUGAAGACAAAGAGCAUCUAGUCAGCUUUCUGGAAAAGCUUAAUUUGCUGUGAAUGGGAGAUAUGGAGGAUGUAAAGCCUAGAAAGAUAGUGUUUGUCACUGUGGGAACAACUUGUUUUGAUGCUCUUGUUAGAGCAAUGGACACCCAAGUAGUCAAACAAGAGCUAUUAAAAAGAGGAUAUACCCACCUUCUUAUUCAAAUGGGUCGCGGAUCCUAUGUUCCGACCAAGUCCGAAGGAGGCAACGGGUCCCUAGCUGUAGACUACUUCACUUUUUCAUCAAGCAUUGCAGACCAUUUGAAAUCAGCUUCUCUUGUAAUCAGUCAUGCAGGGUCAGGAAGCAUAUUUGAGACAUUGCGGCUCAGGAAACCGUUAAUUGUGGUUGUGAACGAAGAUUUAAUGGACAAUCAUCAAAGCGAACUCGCGGAAGAGCUAGCAGAGAGGAAGCAUUUAUACUGCGCUCGCCCUCAAACGGUUAAUCAGAUAAUUGCAGAUAUGAAUUUGGAUUCACUUGUUCCGUACCAUCCAGGCGAUGCCACACCAGUUGCAAAGCUUAUUAACAGGUUUCUUGGCUUCCCAGAUGAUUGAAAGAAUCCCAUUAUUUCAUUGCUUAAGUUGACUCAGAAUUAAACAAGUUUGAAACAUCAAUUAAUAUAUAGUCUUAAAUUGAGUUGGCAAAAGGAUUGUUAUGGCCUCUCAGGUUGUGUACUAAUACCAUCUAUUGAACACAUCUUAUUUUUUUAAUACCCAGAAAUCCCUCGAGCUCACUUUAUGAGCCCUAGGUUGAAA